UUUACGAGGUGUACGUGAACGCAUCACACGGAACCUCCUGAAAACACUCAUUCAUGUGACAGCCAGUUAUCAAGCUAGCUGUCGUCUUCACGCCUUAAAUGGGGACAUGUGACACCUUAAGGGUUCUAAUGUAACUCGAACACAUGUGGGAUUAUAUUAAUGUAAACAUAGUAUCAGCAGGUGAAUAUUUCUAAGCUGAACAACUCUUCUGCUAGGUGCAUUGGGAAUCCUCAACGUAUCGCGUUAUGGGAGAGACACGGAGGUCAGGCGAACCGCGGACUGUCCACAGCAAUCUGUUAAAUAACUUUGCCACCGCUCCGAUUAGCUGUCUAAUUCUUCUGUAACCCCGAUCAACCUAAAUCAUGCCUGGAAAACUAAAGGCCAAAAUAGUGGCAGGGCGCCACUUGCCUGUCAUGGACAGAGCCAGCGACCUAACGGAUGCCUUUGUAGAGGUCAAGUUUGGAAAUACAACCUUCAAAACAGAUGUUUGUCCUAAGUCCCUCAACCCACAGUGGAACUCAGAAUGGUUCAAAUUUGAGGUUGAUGAUGAGGACUUGCAGGAUGAGCCAUUGCAGGUCACAGUAUUGGACCACGAUACUUACAGCGCCAACGAUGCAAUAGGAAAGGUUUAUAUCGACAUCGAUCCGCUACUCUGUUCUGAGGCUGCCUCCAUCAUCUCUGGCUGGUUUCCCAUCUACGAUACCAUCCACGGUAUCCGAGGAGAGAUCAAUGUCCUCGUGAAAGUGGAGCUCUUCAACGACUUGAACCGCUUCAGGCAGUCAUCGUGCGGGGUCAAGUUUUUCUGCACCACAUCCAUUCCACGAGGCUACCGUGCAACGAUGGUACAUGGCUUUGUAGAGGAACUGGUAGUGAAUGAAGACCCAGAGUACCAGUGGAUAGACCGCAUUAGAACCCCCCGGGCUUCUAAUGAAGCUCGUCAGAGACUCAUCUCUCUUAUGUCUGGUGAGCUGCAGAGGAAAAUAGGGCUUAAAGUCCUAGAGAUGGGUGGGAACGCAGUGGUGGGCUAUCUACAGUGUUUUGACCUGGAAGGAGAGUCUGGGCUGGUGGUCCGGGCUAUAGGUACAGCCUGCACACUUGAAAAAAUCACCUCUGGAAGCGCCCCGAUGUGCUGCCCACUGCCCAACACGGCCCCUGCUUCCAACGCCUGCAACUCCCCUUCUAAAGAUGGAAAGGAGCCGGUAUUUGGUGAGGAUCUGCCCUUGUCCUCCGGCCCGCCUACCCCUUUCAGAUCCCUCCCCACCUCCUCUUCCUCUCCCCCGCCCUUCUCUCCCUCCAAGCUGUGCAGCCGCCAGUCCUCGUCAUCAGACACAGACCUCAGUUUGACGCCUAAGACGGAGGACCCCCAGUCACUGAGAUGCAGGCCGGGGAUCUUCCUCUGCCCCAGAUCCCCCAUCCUCUCGACAGACACUCUGUCCCUUCCUGGUUCGGGCCCAGGGGGCUGUGGUCACGGCUCUGCCCCCAGAGCGACCACCUCGCCCCUUCCCUUCUUCACUCGCUCAGACUCUGCCUUGCUGAGAAAGAGCGUGUCCUUCACCGAGAACCUGCUGCUGGCAGCCUCCGGAAUGGGCAGUGGGGGCAGCGCAGGGAAGGAGGCGGGGCCAUUGAAGACCCUGCUCAGACAACAGACACAGACUGCUCUCGAACAGAGGGAGUUCCCCUUCUUCACCUUGACCUCCUUUCCACCCGGUUUCCUGGUUCAUGUUGGCGGAGUGGUCAGUGCUCGCUCUGUCAAACUACUGGACCGCAUCCACAACCCCGACGAACCAGAGACCCGUGAUGCCUGGUGGGAGGAAAUUCGCCAGGAAAUCAAAUCCCAUGCCAAAGCUCUUGGAUGCCAUGCUGUUGUAGGGUACAGUGAGAACACAAGCAUCUGCGAAGAGGUGUGCAUACUGUCAGCUUCGGGCACAGCAGCCAUCUUGAAUCCUCGAUACAUGCGCGAGGGAUGCCUGGACUUCGGAAGCACUGACCACAGAUUUGAGGAACCGUCACCCCCAACCUGUGGCUUCUGCCACAUCCCAUACGAUGAGCUCAACAUGCCAUUUCCUGCUCAGCUCGCGUAUUGCUACCAGUGCAGACGACAGAAGGUUCCUGAUGUGCUUUUCACAACUAUUGACUUGCCACCAGAAGCAGCCGUCACAGGAAAGGGGUGCCUCAUUCAGGCCAGACUGUGUCGUCUGAAGAAGAAAGCUCAAGGAGAAGUGAAUGCAACGGCCAUCUCAAACCUGCUUCCUUUCAUGGAAUAUGAGCUGCACACUCAGCUGAUGAACAAACUGAAGCUGAGGAGCAUGAACGCUCUGUUCGGUCUGCACAUACAGAUCAGCGUAGGAGAAAACAUGCUUCUGGGUCUGGCGUCGGCCACAGGAGUAUAUCUGAUGGCUCUUCCUGCUCCUGGAGGGAUCCAGAUUGCUGGGAAAACUCCAGGCGACCUGAACAACGAGCAGCAUAUCUCCACUAUCCAGAAAAGAAUCAACGACACCAUCGCCAAAAACAAAGAGCUCUACCAAAUAAACCCUCCGGAGCUGACGGAGGAAGGGGUCGGGUCUCCGAUCCCCGAACCGAGGCAGCGAUCCAGACUUUUCCGCUCCCACUCAGAGAGCUCGGACGAACUCUCAGAACUCGAUCUGUCACAUGGCAAGAAGGACGCCUUCGUCUUAGAGAUCGACGACACCGACGCUGUGGAGGACAUCCACUCUCUCCUCACUGAUGCAUCUCCACCUUCAGGUUUCCACAGCUGCAACACAGAGACUAUGCCUGGGAUUUAUAACUGGACUACAGCAAUACAGAUGUUUACAUCAGUCAGAGUUCUUAGACUGAACAAUACCAAUCUAACUAACCAAGGCUUAAACAAGAUAUUCACUGACCUUUGUGAGAAUCUGCUAAAGAGUUUUUACUUCAAGUUGCGCUCCAUGAUUCCCUGCUGCCUGUGUCAGCUCAACUUCACUGUAGCAGUGCCAGAAGAAGAGCUUGUUCAGGUCUCAGUGACCGCAGUUGCCAUGACGUUUGACAAAGACCAGAAUCAGGAGAAGCCACUUGAGAAAUCCAUCACAAAAGGUGGCAGUGAGACUGAAGAGCAGCUGCAGUUCCCUUUAGAGUUGUGCGCUGACUCAUCAUCUACCAGCUCUCAGCCGUUUUCCAGAAUUUCAGGUGUUCCAGAGAAUAGCAGUGUUUCGACCAGAGCUGCCUCCGUUGAUUACGGUUCCUUUGCAGACAGAUGCAGCACCUGGCUAGAGCUGCUUAGGCUGAAAGCUCACACCAUAAGACGAGGAUCAGUUAAGACAAGUAGGAGGACACAGUCUCUAGCACACUCUGUCUCGUCUCUGGAGCACUGCAGCCCGCUGACCGACGUCCGCUCGCGCUCGCUGCGCUCCAGCCGUUCGUUCGGAGGCAGCUCGGUGACCACGGUGAAGAUGACGCCGCUCUCCUUCCUGCCCGGGACGCGCAUCAUCAAGUACCUCGGCAUCAUCAACAUGUUCUUCAUCAGAGAGACGACGUCACUGCGGGAGGAAGGCGGGGUCAGCGGCUUCCUUCAUUCCUUCAUUGCGGAAGUGUUUGCGAUGGUCCGAGCCCACGUCGCAGCUCUGGGCGGCAAUGCGGUGGUGUCCUACAGCAUGAAAGACUGUGUUUUAAUGGAAAAUCCAAACAAGAACCAGGCUCAGUGUCUCAUUAACGUGAGCGGUGAUGCAGUUAUGUGUGUCAGGGAAACGGACCAGGAGCAGAUGACCUCGAUGACAAGCACAGGACAGACCUGUAGCUCAACGGAUGGGGCUACAUGACAAUGAAACAAUCUUAAUGUGACAAAAAAAAUAAAACAUUGUCAAAGUGGAGAAACUCCUGAGUCUAGCCAUCCAAAAUGAUAUCAGAGAUAACGUUUGCCUUAAAGAUCUGCAAAGCAUCCAAAGAUCUGUUGCAGCUUGUGUUAAUAUGAGACCAGUGGUUCUGAAUGGUGGAAGAGACACUGAUGUGGCUCUAAGAGGCCAAAUUUUUAAAGAUAAAAAGUAGCCAAAGGACCCUCUUUCUUUUGUAUAAAACCGUCUACGACAGCUGCAGCAUAUUGACCGUCCCUUUGUGUUUGGAUUACGUGUUAGACUGCUUGAACUAACCUGUCCAGCUGCGAUUCACAAAUCUCAUUUCAAUUUCUGUGCUAAAAGGGAUGCAGCAGUUUAUCUUGCAGUGUUACGCUCUGGUCUGUGUAAAGUAUCAGUCAAGUAUUUAAAUUUGAGAGCGGCAUUUAGAAGCAAGAAUCCAAACUUGUGAUGUAAAAACUGAUUUUCUGAAAAUGUUUACUGGUGUCCAAGUUUCUUAUGCCUAAGUUCGUGUAGACAAUUGAUAUUUGCUGUCAGUAUUUUUUAUAAAAAUGCUAAAAUACAGAAACUUUUUUUCCUAGUGUCAAAAGACUGUCAGGUUCAGUUUUUUUUUUUUUUUUCAUUUCAAUAUUUUGUAGUAUGUUAAGUUACAACUGAAAAGGUCUGAUGUACAACAUGCAAUAUGUUUGUAAAGUAAAAACUUUCUUUAUAGAGAAACUAUUGAUAUAUUCUAGUUCUGAUAAUUUAUUUUUAAAAAAUCAUUCUUUGCUUUAUUUGAAAUGUUAGAAAAUCAUGGCAUAAUUAUUUUGAUGUUUAGACAAAUGAUGGUUUUUGUUAAAUUUAUAUCAACCACAGAUGCGCCCCAUAAAGAGGCCAAAUGGGGGCUAAUUUCUGAUAAAAUAGACUGAGACCUGAUAAAAUCAUGAGGUUUGGCAUCUAAAUGAACCUAACUCUCCAUCAGCAGAUCUAAGAUAAUCUCCUCCUUAAGCGCCACUCUGUCAAAUUCCUUUUUGUCUAGCUUCAUUCCUGUUGCUUUGUCAUGUUAAGACUUGCUGCUGCUAUUUCCAGCCCCUAAAGAAGCAUCUACUAGUCUUGAUGCUGCCUGAAAAUGAAAUGUAAAUGUCCUAAAUCAGAUUUUUGUAUUUUUGUAGCAGAAAAUAAAAUAAUCGUUACUUUUGCCCUGUGCAGAAAACGUAUGAUUUGAGCCAAUGUGUUUAAAAUAUAGUGGUACUCUAAUCUGUGAUCAGUAGUUGAUCAUUUUUCCGUCUGUAUUUGUGUCUAAAACUUGAAUGUAUAUAUUUCAGUGCUUUUUGCUGUUUGACUAGCAGCAUGCAGAAACUUCAUUGCCAUGAAUCUGUAUGCUUGCCUGUUACAAUGCACAAUAAAUUCAUCUCAAACCAAA